CAGCUGUUUGCAAAAUGUAUAUUGUACAAAACAAACACAAUGUCAUUUUAUAAGAAUGUCAUAUAAUUUUUAUUGAGGUAACAUUUUGAUUUUUUAACAACCCAACAAAGUUUGAAGGCGACUUUUAGCUGCUCUAAAUCACAAAAACAUGAUCUCAGAAUGCACCCACAAACACUACAGUGAAGAAAAUGGAUGCCAAGAUGAGGAUAAAACCGAUGAAAAAUUGACGUCCGAAUUGAUGUCAUGUCCUACCUUUCAACAACAAAUACGUGAUAUCGUAUUUACAUUAAUACCAGAAGUGCCACGACUGAAAGAUCUGUUCCUGAGCUGGGAAGCCUUGACAGUGGAAGACAAGGAUGUGGUAGAACACUACGGCAAGACCAACUCUACAGGUCUUGGUCUGUACAAACCGAUACUGGAGGCGUUGAGACACUGGGAUAGAGUUCAAGACACACAAGGUGCUCCUGGCUGUGAUCCAGGGAUGGUGACUCUCUCUGGACAACCUCAGAUAGAGGCUGCUCUCACCAAGGCCGUGUACACUCUGGAGUGUCUGGUGUCAAAAUUGCAUGAUGACAGUAGUAGCGAGCACCUCGGCACUUACAGCAUUUCUCGGUUGAGCUCUUCUCUCAGGUCUGUAUAUGAUGACGAGAAAGACCGAGGAGAUAACAAUGGUGACAAUGCAAAUCAUUCAUGCUUCACCAGGAGAUCUCUGUCCCUUGACGACCUCCCAAAAUUACUGACCAAGAAAGCAUCAGUUUUCUCACUAUGAUAAUAUCGUAGCACAAAUAAAGAAUAUUGUACAAAAGAUUGAAUAAACCAAAUUUAAAAUA